GCUGAAAACAAUAUGGAGUUUUGGAGAAAUAAAGUGGCAGUUAUUACCGGUGCUGCUGAAGGCAUUGGUGCUAAAGUAGCUGAAGAUUUAGUAAAAGAAGGCAUGACAGUUAUUGGCUUUGAACCUUCUAUGAAAAAAAUUGAACAAAUGUUUGACAACAUUGCUAACUGGGGUAAAGUGUAUGGUCAAUUGAUUCCAUGUCUAUGUGAUAUAUCUAAAGAUGAUGAUUUAGAAAAUGCAUUUAAAGGCAUCGUUGCUACAUAUGGUGGAGUUGAUUUAUUAAUUAAUAACGCUGCAAUUGGUAAAGAUGGUUUCUUAUGUACCGGUAAUAUUGACGAUUUUAGAAAAAUAGUAAAUGUUAACAUCUAUGGUACAAUAGCGUGCACUAGACAUGCUAUUCAAUCUAUGAAGAAAAAGAAGUACGCUUUAAUAAUUAAUAUCAAUAGCAUUUGUGGGCACUACAUGCCCUCAUUUGAAAACCCUACAAUAAAUAUGUACAUCGCAUCUAAGGCAACAAUGACUGCUUUGAACACUUUAUUGAACGAAGAAUUUAAGUUGCUAAAUCGGAAUAUCAGAGCUACAAGUAUAUCUCCGGGGAUCGUUCGCACAGGAAUUUUCAAAUCGGCUGGGAUACAGUUCAUUGACGACAAAUAUUUUGAAGGAAAUCCACAUUUGACUACAAAGGAUGUGUCGGACAUAAUAUUAAUGGUGCUAUCUGCUCCUCGAAAUUUGCGAGUGAAUGAAAUUAUAUUUCAUGCUUUACAUCAAAAAUAAUAAAGGCAUUAAGAUCUUGUAAAACAGAUAUCCGACGUGGCAUUUUGAAAUGGUUACUAUAUUUUUUUAAGUUUAUAUACUUAUCGAAUUAUGGUAAAAUUAGCACACUACUAAUGAGAGCAAUUAACUUUUAACUACGUGUCUAAUAAAUGCAAAAUAAAUAAAUGACUGUAUUGCGUGUAAUGUAUAGUUUAUUUUUUACUACUCAGUAAGCACCGUUUGUUAUCUAAAUAACUUAUCAAAAUAAUAGGAAUUUGUCAUUAUAUAACAAAAGAACAGUAUAUUAGAAGGAACGAUAACAUUUAGGCUUAUUUUGUUCUCGGUCGAUGCAAUCAGUCUUUAAAAUAUGUGUUUUUGGAAAAACAAAAUAGCUGUUGUAACCGACAGUGAAAGUGUACUAGGUUUAAAUAUUAUAAAAUCUUUAACAGAAUGUGAUAUGAUAAUAAUCGGAUUUUGUAAAUCAGUUCCCAGUUUAAAUAUUGUUAGGGAAAAAUUAAAUUUCAUGGGUGUUGACUCAACUACUGAAAAAGUUAUUCUUUUCGCGUGUGAUAUUAUAAAUGUAAACCAACUUAAAGCAAUUUUCGAAGAAAUUUAUGAGAAAUAUGAAGCACCGUCGGUUCUGAUAAAUAAUGCGUUUUGUAAUAUUGAUUGCUGUAUAAGUGAAGGCACCUUACGAGAUGUGAAAACUAUUAUUGAUACAAAUGUAAACGCUGUUGUAACAUGUAUAAGGUUAGUAGCAGGACAGAUUAUUGAAAGAAAUUGUCGAGGUCACAUCAUAUUCAUAACCGAUUUGACCAAUCAAAAAAUAAUGCAUUCAAAUAUGUUUACGGCGUCAAUAUCAGCUGUGAAAAGUAUUAAUGACAUAUUAAAGCAAGAAUUCAGAUAUAAGAAUGCGAAUAUAAAAGUUACUAACAUAGUAUGUAAAAAUGCAGAGAAUGCUGAAGAAUUGAUAUCAAAGGAUCCAGGAAACGAAGUAACAGAAAUGGUCAAAUUUAUAUUGAACACGCCGGAGCAUUUGCAAGUACAUGAAAUGUUAUUAGAACUGGAAUAAUAAAAUAAACGUCAAGUUUUUAAAAAUUAUCUAUUGAUGGUGUUUGUAAGUUUGACAUAGGUGUACGUAUGUAAUAGUAAAAUAAAGUCUUUCAAAUUUAUUAAUUUUUGUUCGUAAAUAUUAGCAAAGUAUACUAUUGGUUUUCAAAGAAAAUUCUUCAUUUCCCUGAUGAAUUUCCCGUCAAAAGCUGGCAUGAGCACGCAUUAUCAUAAUUAAAUGGAUGGAACAUUAGUGCUCAUUACUGCAUGUUGUUUUGCUCGAGUAUUUUGCAAAUCACGUUCAGUAACCCUACCGUUCCAUUUCGCUGUACGCUUUGUUUUAGAUAUGUUGUCUUAGUGGUGUAAUAUUUGGGGUAAACUUACUACUUACUAUAAUUUUCAUUUAUAGAGAUGUAAGUGAAGUGAAAGUUCAAAUCAAAUUGUCAUAUUGAAUAGAAUUUCUACAACAAAUUGGAUUUGAUUGAAUCUAAAAACAAUGUUGUAUUAAUAAAAAGUAAUUAUAUUCAAGAAUGUUAUAUAAAUAAAGCAAUAUAUUCUGUUACAAGGCAAGGAAUUUCGUAAUGGUUUUUAAAAACAUCUGACACGGUGAUUCAUUAUGACAUAUUAUUACAUUUAUGUUCGCAUUUAAUCACAUAGGGAUUUGUGUUUUCCAGGUAUUUCACCUGAGCAGUAUGUGUUAUUCUUGAACAUUACGCCACAUGUGUAACAGAAAACAUUUCAUUAUAAUAGAGUUUGAUAGAUGAUCGUAACAACUGCAAAUCUCUUAGUGGUAAAAUUAUAAAACAGAUGUCUCAUAUUAUUAUUUUUCGAGCUCAUUUAUCGGGUGCUUAAAGCCAUAUUAAAGAUUUUGUAAUCACUG